CCUAUAAAUAUAUGAUACCUCUUCCAUCUCAAUCAUCAUAGUUACAACUUUCUCAUUCUUUCAAUUAAUUGAGUCUAUUCUUUUCCUACAAAGAAACACAUAGGAAUGAUGUAUUCACAAAGUUUAACUCUUUCACUUUUCACCAUUUUAGCCUCAUUUGGUUUGUGUUUUGGCUCUUACUUAGAAGAAAGACAUUAUUCAACAAAUCAUCAACCUUACAAUGAGAGGUUGGUGAAACCAAGACAUGAACAAUUUAGUUUCAUGGCAAGGGCUCAUCAUCCAUCGAUUGCGCCUUCGCCGCAAUCUCAUAACACGGUUAAUGUCAACGACUAUGGAGCCAAAUCUAAUGAUGGACAAGUUGAUAAUGAGGCAUUUGAAAUGGCAUGGAAUGAGGCAUGUUCUAAUGGGAAGGUUCUUGUGGUACCUAAACAAAGUGUCUAUCAUCUAAAUCCUAUAACAUUUUCAGGGCCAUGCCAACCCAAUACUGCAUUAAAGAUCUAUGGAACAAUCAAAGCAUGGCCUAGAAUUUCAGCAUAUGGAGCAGAUAGAAAGCUAUGGAUCAAGUUUGAGAAUGUCACAAAUCUCAUAGUUGAUGGUGGUGGUACCAUUAAUGGAAAUGGAAGAAUAUGGUGGGAAAAUUCUUGCAAAGUCAAUGAAAGCCUUCCAUGCAAAGGAGCACCAACUGCUGUGACUUUUGAUGAAUGCAAUAAUUUGAAAGUGGAUAAGAUAAGAUUCAGAAAUGCACAACAAAUGCAUUUAAGGAUUCAAGGAUGCAACAAUGUUUGGGCAUCAAAUCUUAUAGUCACAGCACCAGGGCAUAGUCCCAACACUGAUGGAAUUCAUAUUACUCAUUCACAAAAUGUUUUCAUAACCAACAGCACCAUUGGGACAGGUGAUGAUUGUAUUUCAAUUGUAAGUGGGUCCAAAAAUGUUCGAGCAACAGAUAUUACAUGUGGACCAGGACAUGGAAUCAGCAUUGGAAGCUUAGGUGGAGGUAACACACAAGCUGAAGUGUCUAAUGUGGAAGUUAACAGAGCCACACUAAUAGGAACCACUAAUGGAGUCAGAAUAAAGACUUGGCAGGGAGGUUCUGGCUAUGCAAGAAACAUCAAAUUUAUCAACAUAGUUGUGCGAAAUGUGACUAAUCCCAUAAUCAUAGAUCAAAAAUAUUGUGACCAAAAAAAGAAAUGUCAAGAACAGAACUCAGCUGUGGAAUUGAGCAAUGUGAUGUACCAAAACAUAAAAGGAACAAGUGCUUCAGAAGUUGCAAUCAAACUUGAAUGUAGCAAAGCUGUCCCAUGCAAAGGAAUUCACUUGCAAGAUGUGAAAAUAACAGGAGAAAACAUUAAGGACACCAUUGCAAAAUGUGACAAUGUUAAAUAUUCAAAUAGUGGAAUGUUCUUUCCUAAGUGUCACCCUUGAAGAAAGAAAGAAGGAUGGAUUAAAUUAAUUAGGAUUUGUGUAUAUACUAGAUCAGUUAUUGAUCAGGAUUAGGCACAAAUGCUUACACUUGUUGGUCAAAAAAAUUGGAAAAAUAAUGAUUCAAGUUUGCGCUGAUUUUUGACAAACAUGUGUAUUUUUCAGUUUGAUAUACACUUUUAGAAAUUAAUAACAAAAAAGAAAAAACUUCAAU